AUGGAUUGCAGCAAAUUGGCAGAAAAUGGGACCCCUGAGUUAGGAAUGGAGUUCAACAGUGAAGAGGAUGCGUACAAGUUUUACAACAAGUAUGCCUUUAAAAUGGGUUUCAGUGUACGUAAAGACUAUCUGAAUAACGACAAAGACGGCGUGACCACGUCUAGGAGAUAUAGUUGCUGCAAGGAAGGUGUGAAACGCAAGUACGAAGGUGAUGUGAUGCCAAAGAGGACACGAGCGCCGACGAAAACAGGGUGUGGAGCUAAGAUGGUUAUCGUGUUGUUUAGAGGGACAAUGAAGUACCGUGUGCAUGACCUUGUCUUAGAGCACAAUCAUGAGUUGCAAAUUGCUCAAUGUGCUCACAUGAUGCCAUCACAAAGAAAAGUGAGUGUGGCUCAAGGAUUCCAAGCUGAAAUAAGCGAGGAUGCUGGGCUUUCAUUGAAACAGAGCCAUGAGCUUAUGGGAAUGGAAGCAGGUGGGAUGGGUAAUGUGGGAUAUACUCGGGAUGAUCUUAAACGAUAUCUUCGAACGAGACGGGAAAGGAGCUUGAAAUAUGGAGAAGCAGGUAGCAUGCUGAAUUAUUUUCAAGAGCAAACACUGGAGAAUCCAUCCUUUUUUCAUGCCGUACAGCUGGACUGUGAAGAACAAAUAACGAAUAUCUUUUGGGCUGAUGCAGGAAUGUUAAUUGACUACAACUUUUUUGGAGACGUAGUCACAUUCGACACAACCUACAAAACAAAUAAAGAAUACCAGCCACUUGGAGUAUUUGUGGGUUUUAACCAGCAUAGGCAAAUUGUGAUAUUCGGUGCUGCCCUUAUGUAUGAUGAGACGAUAGAUUCUUUCAAAUGGGUGUUUGGUACAUUUUUAGAAGCAAUGUACGGAAAACAUCCAAAUACCAUACUAACCGACGAAGAUCACGCCAUGGCAGCCGCUCUUUCAAUUGUCAUGCCUGAAACAUUUCACGGUCUAUGUACGUUUCACAUAAGGCGUAAUUUUAUGAAACAUCUUGACAAUCACUACAAGGAAAAUAGUGAUCUUCCAUACAUGUUUGGUGCCUGCAUGUAUGAGUUUGAAGAAGUGGAACAAUUCAAUAGGGUGUGGGAGGCGAUGGUGAAGAAACACAAUCUUGAAAAUAAUGAAUGGCUCUCCGGGUUGUAUAGAAUUCGCGAUAAAUGGGCAAGGUGCAUGAUAAAAGAAAGAUGGACCGCGGGAAUGCGAAGCACCCAACUUAGCGAAAGCCUAAAUGCAGCAAUUAAAAAUCAUUUGAAACUGGAUCAUGACCUUGUGCAGUUCUUUAGACAUUUCAAUCGGGUGGUUGAUGAAAAGAGACAUAAUGAACUGAUCGCAGAAUAUGAAAUGAGGCAAAAGCUCCCCAUGGUAGGGUUAAGGCAAACACCUAUGCUUGUGCAUGAAUCGGAGACGUAUUUAUCAACCGUAUUUGUUGCAUUUCAAAAUGAAUAUGGCGAGUCAACAGCUAUGGUUAUAUUGAGACAACAAGAUGCAGCGAUGUUUGUGGAGUUUGCGGUCAUGAGGUAUGAUGGAGGACCUGAAAGAACAGUAGUAUUCAAUCGGAAUGAUCUAAGUGUACGUUGCAGUUGCAAAAAAUACGAGAAUGAAGGCAUUUUAUGUGGGCACGCGUUGAAGGUGUUUGAUACCGUGGGCAUAAAAAUAAUUCCUCCUGAAUACAUUAAGAGGCGAUGGACAAAAAGAACUCGGGCUGGAGACUGUUUUGAUCGGCGAGGACAGGAAGUUGUGGCUGAUCCAAAAAGUCAUGAUUUCAACUCGUUAUCGGGAGCUCGCUCCAGCCAUGAUUAA